UUUUAGUCAGCUUAGAGUGGUUUUGUUGCUCGAAUUUUUGGCGCUUCAGAAAAGUAUGAGGGAACAUCUCAGACAGAGAAUUGGACCUUCGCAGAAAAAUGAAGUAGAUGAAUUGGCCAAUUUAAUAUCAGAUCUGAUAGCAGAACGAAUUCGUUAUCAGGAAGAGCAACGGCAGCGCGAAAGAGAAUUAUCGGCUGUAGCUGUCGUCAGUUUCAGGAUCCCCGUUACAAUGAUUGAUGUGCUGCUUGGGGUGGGAGAUCAACGGGCGCUUAUGAUAGCGUUUGAGACUGAAACGGAAUUAGAACUUCCACGCCGAUACCAGAAUCCCAGAUUUGUAAUCAGUGGAUAUAACCAUAACAUCCGUAAAGCUCUACGGAUGAUUGAGGCAAUUAUCAAUGAAGAAUGUCGCGAAUCGAAUUCUUCAACGUACACCUUUAUUCCUGAUCCGAAUGCGGAUCAAAGUGGUACCGAUUAUAUCCUCUGUAAUGGACCAAUCAAUGAAGCAAGAUAUAGGCCUGGAAGGGAAGGUAUGCAUCGAGGUUAGGAU